AUGCAAAGUAUUGACGAGGACGAGAAUGAAGUUAUUUUGAAAUUUGAAGUGGACAAUGAAGAUAAUUUAAUUGAUGAUGGUACGAUAUACAAACCGGCUUGUAGGCGCAGUAACCGCAAUCUUUCUACUUCGAAGGAACAGGAACGUUCACUGGAUAUGGAAAAUGAUGGUAUAGGUGUAGAAACAUAUACUACAACAACUACAAACCCAAUUUCCGAAAAUCGUAACCAAGAAAUGCUGUUAGUUGAAGAACCAAAGACACAAGGAAGGACUUGCCAAAAUAAAGGAGAUCAUUUGGAAUCACUGGAUAUGGAAAAUGAUGGCAUAAAUGUAGAAACAUAUACUAAAACAACUAUAAACCCAAUUUCCGAAAAUCGUAACCAAGUUGAAGAACCAAAGACACAAGGAAGGACUUGCCAAAGUAAAGAAGAUCCUUCGCAAACAUCACAGACACAAAACAAGCAAAUAUUAAGAAAAACUGACAAUAAAACUGGUAUUGAAAAAUCAUUAGAAGAAAAAUCAAAAGAAAUCACUGACAUUAAGUGCAAUAUUACCAAAGACUCUGAAAAUCAGGAAGAAUAUGAACAUGAUUUUUCAGACGAAUUAGAUACCAAUACGAACUACUCAGAUAAUGAAACAAACGACAAUGUAGAUAACAAUGAAGCACAAAAUAAAUGUAUAUAUCCUCCUAAAACUAAAUACAAUGAAGCCGAUGAAUUUUUAACAAAAAAUCUUAAAAUUAUCUGUGAUAUCUGCCACACACCUUCGCAAACAUUUACAGAUUUAUCAAAACAUUUUAUCGAAGAACACAAUCAAGAAGCCUAUGUAAUGUGUUGUAAAAAGAAAUAUUCUACUCGUAGUCGACUAGUCGAUCACGUACACACACACUUGGAUCCCGAAUACUUCAAAUGCAAUUUAUGUGGCAAAGUUUUGUCAGAUCGUCAUUGUUUGACACAACAUUUUCGUACUCAUGCAGACAAGGGUAGAACAGUAAUUUGUGAUAUCUGUGGAAAGGGAUUUACGCAUUCUUCACAUUUGCGAAAACACAAAUACAUACAUAUAUCUGAAGAGGAGAAGCAGUAUCCGUGCAAUGAAUGUGGUAAAUUGUUUGCUAACAGAACGAUGCUCAACGCGCACGAACGUGUUGUGCAUCAAAAAAAAUAUUCCCGAACCUGUGGUAUAUGUGGUGUGACAUUGUUUAGAAAAGAUUCUUUUGAGCGGCAUCAAAACAAACACAAAGAUAUACGUCCCACUGCCACAUGCAAUAUCUGUGGUCUGAUAGUCAUUGAUCAAUUUUAUUUGAAACGCCACAUGGCAACACAGCAUCCAGAGAAUGGCAAAAAGGAAUUCAAAUGUAAUAUAUGUUCAAAAGUAUCACCAACAUUGAGGUCGCUGAAAAAACACAUUGACCUCAAACAUGAAAGGCGCUAUGAUUUUAAGUGUUCCAUAUGUAAUAAAGCUUUUAAAGAAAUGUAUACGUUGAAGGAUCACAUGGCAGCACAUGAAGGUACGGCGCCAUACACUUGUCCACAUUGUCCAAAAACUUUUUACUUUAGAGCCAAUAUGCAUCACCAUCGCAAAAAACACCAUCCCAAAGAGUGGAUUGAAUCUCGUCGUGCCAGAUAUUCGGGUAAUUUGCCACCAGAUUUUAAAGCUCCAGAUAUAAAAUAA